AUGAAAUCCACCCCCAAACACCGAAGUCCGAAGUUCGGCGGCUUCGAGAGCCCGGCAAGGCCCCUAAAGCCCCCGCUCGGUCAGAGAGAAGCCUCGAGUCCCCGCCCGGCCGGUCCCCUCCGGGAUAGGAGACGCGAGGCCUAUAGGGCUCGGCUUAGGCUCCCCGGCGGCUUCUCUCGCCCCUGGCCACUCGGCGCCGCCGAGGCCCUACCGGCAACUCCGGGCAGCCCCGCCGGGCCUCGAUCCCGCGCCCCCACCCCCCCCCCCACCCGCUCCGGUCUCCCCUUCCGUCCCCUCCCUCCACCAGCCGAGGGCGGGAGCCGAGCCGCCGCCGCCUUUACCUCCUCCUCAUGCGGGCGGAAGGUGCAUCGAGCGCCCGGGCCUCUGUCAGGUGGUUGCGCCGCCGCCCCUCUCCGGGCUGCACACAAAGCGGCUCCGCGGGUCCCGCCGCCGCCGCCGCCGCCGCCCGCCCCGGAGCGGCGCUGGGGCUGGCGGUGCCGAGGAGGAGCAGUCGCCGCGGGGGGAGACGCGGGGCGAGUGAGCGCUGGGCGGGGAGACACUGCCGCUCUCCGUCUGGCCGAGGAAGAGCAGCCUCGGAAAAGGCUCCUCCGGGAGCGUGUGCUCGUGUGUUCGCCCCGGAACCCCGGGCCCGCCCGCCGGCACCUCGCGCCGGCCGGGUCCGUCAACCCGGACCCUGACGCCCCUCGCAGCGGCGCGCGCCCGGCAGUCCGUGCUCCGGGCAGCCGGCGCCCCUCGCACACACCGGCCGGUCACGCGAGCGGUACGAGAGCACGCGAGAGAAGGGCGCGCGCCUCGCUUCCGCCCCUUCCUCCGCAGGCCGUGCCUCCGCCUCCCUCGGGCCUGAGGCGGUGGCGCGUGGGGCAGACAGCGCCGCCACCCGGUUGGCGCCAAGACCUGCCGCGCCGAAAGCCUCCGGGAGGACGGGACCCGAAAGGCGAGCGGAGGAGGAGCCCGGCUGGCGGGAAGCGAACCGGUCCCCGCGGCACUGUGAGGGCAAGCGGGACGAACAGGGCUUUACCUUAUGCCGCGGAGAUGAGUUCAUGA